AUGAGUCUCUCGCAAUCAAUCUACAACACAAUCUUCCGCCGAAACUACGUUUUUGUUGGAAGUGUAUUCGCCGGUGCUUUCGCUUUUGAGAUAUUGUUCGAUCAGGCAACUGAUAGGGUUUGGGAUAAUCUUAAUCGUGGCAGGCAGUGGAAGGAUAUUCGGGCGAAGUAUGUUCAGGAGUAGGUUCGGGAUCUGCCUGUGGGCGAUGGGAGGGGAGGGGUGUAGACGCUAGAAUGAGAACUAGAGCUUGAAGGUGAGGUGGGAUACCAUGGCGGUGGGUAGGGAGAUAGAGACAAUUCAAAGGUUUCUUCUACUG